GAGCGGGAUACUGGGGUCUGAGCAGAGGGGAAAGUCAUCUAAGAGACUGCUGUUUCCCGAGGUCUGGGCACAGGGCUGCCCCUCCCUUCCUCCCGAAGUUUGCCUGAAGUGCAUGUUAGGCUGUAAUUAGGGAAUCUGGGAGGAGAACUUUUCCUGGUGACGCUCAGCUUUUCUUCUGCUCUUGGUGAGAAGUGCCUCCUUCUUCCCAGGAUCAGGACCUCUGCCAUCCAGCGCCACAAAGAGGCAUUCUGCACACACACACUCACACACGCACACACACACUCGCCCAGAGACAAACUUAAGGUGAGGGGAAACAGCGUUAGCUUCACUUGAUCUCCAGGCUCCCACUCCAGCAGGACUUGAGAGCAUCUGAGCGUGUGGAUUUCAGGACAUUCAGGACAAGUGAAGAAGAUCCUUUCGCUUUAAAGAUGAAGAGUUUACUUCUUCUGGUGCUGAUUUCAAUCUGCUGGGCUGAUCAUCAUUCAGACAACUAUACUCUAGAUCAUGACAGAGUUAUUCACAUCCAAGCAGAAAAUGGUCCCCGCCUACUCGUGGAAGCAGAACAAGCCAAGGUGUUCUCACAUAGAGGUGGCAAUGUUACACUGCCAUGCAAAUUUUAUCGAGACCCUACAGCUUUUGGCUCAGGAACCCACAAAAUCAGAAUUAAGUGGACCAAGCUGACUUCAGAUUACCUCAAGGAAGUGGAUGUUUUUGUUUCCAUGGGCUACCACAAGAAAACCUAUGGAGGCUACCAGGAUAGAGUGUUUCUGAAGAGAAGCAGUGAUAACGAUGCUUCUCUGGUGAUCACCGACCUCACCCUGGAGGAUUACGGGAGGUACAAGUGUGAGGUAAUUGAAGGCUUAGAAGAUGAUACUGCUGUGGUAGCAUUGGAUUUACAAGGUGUGGUAUUCCCAUACUUUCCACGACUGGGACGCUACAAUCUGAAUUUCCACGAGGCCCAGCAGGCUUGUGUGGACCAGGAUGCGGUAAUGGCCUCUUUCGACCAGCUGUAUGAUGCCUGGCGGGCCGGGCUGGACUGGUGCAAUGCUGGCUGGCUCAGCGAUGGGUCUGUGCAAUACCCCAUCACAAAGCCCAGAGAGCCUUGUGGAGGCCAGAACACAGUCCCCGGAGUCAGGAACUACGGGUUUUGGGAUAAAGAUAAAAGCCGAUAUGAUGUUUUCUGUUUUACGUCCAACUUCAAUGGCCGUUUUUACUAUCUGAUCCACCCUACCAAGCUGACCUAUGAUGAAGCGGUCCAGGCUUGCCUCAAAGAUGGUGCUCAGAUUGCCAAAGUGGGCCAAAUAUUUGCUGCCUGGAAACUUCUGGGAUAUGACCGCUGCGAUGCGGGCUGGCUGGCAGAUGGCAGCGUCCGCUACCCCAUCUCUAGGCCAAGAAGGCGCUGCAGUCCCAACGAGGCUGCGGUGCGCUUCGUGGGUUUCCCAGAUAAGAAGCAUAAGCUGUAUGGUGUCUACUGCUUCAGAGCAUACAACUGAGCACGCCCCUAGAGCGCGGCAGUUUUAAAGUUAUUAAGAACAUGUGAAAGGUGUUUUUUUUUUUUUUUCAAUAUGAACUCAUGCAAGUUACCAAAACUGUGAUAACCCUUUUUUACUUACUGUAAAGAGUCAUUUUCAUAAAGACCAAUUCAUUAAUUUGUUUUUUGUAAAACUAUCAUUCAAUAUCUAUUAUAAAUUAAUAUAAUUGUAAGGGAAGUGCUAGUAAAGAGGCUUAGAGCCAAACCGUUUAGGCCACAUCAUCCCAACGAAGUAUUCCUUUCAUGAACGGGGCAUGCAAUAGCUUGAGGAUUGCUAGGAUCCAAUGAAGGAAAGUAAAGCUACUCAGAACAGCAACUUCCACAAGCACAAAUUUUACACAUUUGUACAGUUUUGAAAUGCACUACAAUAAACAAAUUAAGCAACACAUUUGAGAUACAGCCUUCUUUAGAAAAACUAAGAUUCUGAGCGGUUACACAAAGCUGUUUAGCAAGGGAACAAUAUACACUUUUCUAAAAGUUAAUAUAUCUAGUUUCCAAGAGAGAGAACACUUUACUCCUUCAAUUCCUGCCUUUUUGACCAAAAAAAAAAAAAUUCAUAUGGACUCAAAUGCACAGUAACAAGCACAGUUAAAACUUCUUAUAAUCCCAUUUAUAUGAAGUAUGAAAUUAAACAAGCAGAUAAUUAACCAAUGAGACUCCUACCUUCUUCUAAUUAAAAUUACACAUGCCUGAGGAGAAUUGUUUUAUCUCUUGAGUAGCUUUACUGAGUCAUAUUUAAAUUCUAAGGGCCAUUUGCUAAGCAGCAUUUAGCAUCUACUCAGGGCAGUUAUAUAGAUAAACUGCUGGACAGAAAAAUUGUAAAAUUUAGCAGCUUGAUUUUAUGUUAGCCUAUGAAAUGUUAUUGUCCUAUAAAAAUAACUUUAAACUAUUUAAUAUUUCCUUCUUAUUUACAUUACAUGAAAAAAAUAAAAGCAAUGAGUAACUAUACACUUGCUUAAACAAGAAAUUGGGACCCAAUCUUCACAAUUCUUAUUAUUCUUAUUUGUUUAUACACUAGAAAGUCCAACUGGUGCCUGUGUUUGGGGAAACGAAGUCAACAAAGUAAUUCUAAACCUUUCUCCAUACAGAAAAUGUGGUCACUUUCCUUGCUGGUCAUCAUUAGGCUUAAAUGAAAUGCCGAAGAUGUCAUCAAAAAGUUUACACUAAAAUCUUCAGGGCUUUAAAUGAAACUGUAAGGCCAGCUUCAGAAAAACAGCUUUCCACAUUAACAGCUCCAAUCUUAAAUAAAGAUCUGUUUUCCUAUAUUUUUAUGACUGUUGAGACCCCCCCAGGGACCAAUAUUUGUAUUCAAAUUACAUUUCAUGGUUUCCCAUUGUUUCACAAUGAGUUUUAAUAAAUGGGAUUUAGUAUAAUAAUUCAAGUAUGACAUAGCUGGUAUGCUUUCAUGAAUGUUUUUAUGUAGAUUUUCCUCCCAUGAACAUCAGUAAAUAAACCUAUUUCCUGAAUUGAUUGUGGUUGCAUUUAAAGCUCUGUAAUAAUUCUAAUAAAUUUGUGCUAUAAAUGUAGAGUUAUGUGUGUGAAAGUUAUAGAACAAUUGAAAGUUCAUGAAACCAUAACUAUAUUCAUAUUAUCUAGACAAAUUGUUGUAAAUAAAAAUAGAUAUUUCUUUUAUCAAAAGCCUAUCUGGAAAUUUUCAGAUGCUUUAAUAUUAAAAGAUGCAUGCACAUUUUGACAUUAAGUUGGACAUGCAAAUUGGACAAAAAUAUAAAUCCAAAGUGAUUGUGAGGUUUAAUUUAAACAUGCUGAGACAACUCAAACUUCUAAAUUAAAAAUACCUGACUGGUCUAAGAGAAGAUGAACACAUUAUUUAAAAAGGUGGCUAUCUCCUAAAUAGCAACUCUAACACCUCAAAUAUGGGGGUUAGCUUAUUGGAAGAAGUCCAUACUUGAAGGAUUACUAUCAUGUAAAUAAAUUUUACUGGAAAUGCAAAUGGGAACAAAUUUCUAUUGAAGCAUGUACAUAAUUUUUCAGAUAUUGCCACAGAACUCUACCUUUAUAAUGUUAAGCAUAAUAGUAUUUCUUAACUUUUGAAUACUUACCAGUAUAAGAAUUGGUGCUGAUCAAAAUCUCUCGAGUGACUGUUAGCUGAUUAAAAUCUAUAAUGAUUACACAUCAUUUUUCCAUGCUUGUAAAAAACAAAGUUUAACAGAGUGAAUACUGCUAGGCAGAAUUUUUAUCUUCUGAUUUCUCCCAAAGCAUUAGAAUUCCUGUACCCCUGUAGAUUCCUAUUUGAAUAAUGGUAUUUAAAAAAAAAAUUCCAUUUGCCAUUUUCCCACUAAAUGUCUAUUGUCCUACUUUAUUCCUCAAGAUAUCUCACUGAGAAUGUUUAAAAAUAAAGGUUAUCCUAACACAGCAGGAAGUUAGUACAACAAUGGCUAAUUCAGAAAUUGCUCCUCAGACUUGGGUUCUAAGAGUAUUGGAUGGAUAAAAUAGGAGUCUUGCUUAGGAAAUAUUGAUUGGAUCAUUUGCUCAUAAUAAUUGUGCCCCACGUAAGGAACAAAGUACAUCUGCAAAUUUCACUGAAACACCUACAGUUGAAAACCUGAACAAAAAGAAAUGAUUCAAAUAACAAAGAGUGUAGAGGAAUGGAAACUAGUUAGUCACAUUAACACUGGAAGCCAUCUUUUAAUGACUGCUGCCAUAUUGUAUCACAGUAAGUUUUAGUCAUCUAUGGUAUUUGUAAAUUUAAACUUUCUCUCAUAGAAACAGGGCCGGUACCUAUUAAAGUUUUAUUUUAUGCAAUAAUAUAGUUGCUUAUUAUUUUGGCAUUUAGAAGUAGACUCCAAAGAAAUACCAGUUUGGUUGCUGGCAGCCAUAUUGGGUUUCUCCACUUCAGUGCUCCAAAGAAUAUGGUGGUCUCAUGGAAUAGUUGACCACGAAGGAGGAUUCAAAAGGAAUUACCUAUCAGUUUGCAGAAUAGAAUGCAUCAAGAAUGAUCAGUGGAUUAUUGACAAAGUUUGGCUGAGAAGUUAACUGUAUCAUAGCUCACUACUGCCAGAGCAGCAAUGAUGUACAAUGGAAGAAAUAAAAAAUACAAAAGUCAUUAAGCCACCUGAUUAAAAGAAAAUCAGUAUUUAAAGUCAUUUAAUACCUCUUGAGUACAAAUCUGAGGAGAAGAAACAAUCUGUAUUACCGAAAAAAAAAAAAAAUGUUUUCAUUUUCAUUUUCUGUAAGAUACAAUGAACUGGUAAACAAACAUUAAAAGUCAAUUUUGUGU